CCGGCCAUGCCUCGCGGCCCGCGGAGUCCGCUUUGGCUCCUGCUCCUUCUGCUGCUGCCGCCCCCGAGCACGUCGGGACACGGCGGCCGCGCGAGGCCGAGGGAGGGGGCCGAGGAGGCGGGCUCGGCCUUCCAGGGCCUGCGGGAGCGGCUGAGGGCGGCCGGCGCCCUCUGCAGACGCUACUGGGCUCUCUUCAGCUGCCGCGUGUGGCCCGAGGGAUGUAGGCAGGAUGAGGAGGCGCCAGCGCAGCCCCUGGGCUGGAGCCUUCCCCUGUUGGGCCAGCAGUACCUGGAUAUCCUGACCACCUGGUACUGCAGCUUCCAGGACUGUUGUGACAGUGGGGACUGCAGGAUCAUCAAUAACUUCACAGGCCUAGAGGCGGACCUGCGCAUGCGCCUGCACGGCCAGCACCUGGCCCGGGAGCUGGUCCUGACAGCAGCCAGGGGCUACUUGGAGCUGCCCCGGCCAGAUAAGGCCCUGGCUCUGUCGUUCCACGGCUGGUCUGGCACAGGCAAGAACUUCGUGGCGCGGAUGCUGGCGGAGAACCUGUACCGGGACGGGCUGAGGAGCGACUGUGUCAAGGUGUUCAUCGCCACGUUGCACUUCCCUCACCACAAGUAUGUGGACCUGUACCAGGAGCAGCUGGCAGCCCAGAUCAGGAAGACGCAGGAACACUGCCACCAAACCCUGUUCAUUUUAGAUGAGGCUGAGAAGCUGCACCCAGGACUGCUGGAGGCCCUCAGGCCACACCUGGGACGCCAGGCCCCGGAGAACCUGAGGGCCAAGUCCCCGAGAACCAUCUUCCUUUUUCUCAGAAGGCUCUGGGAAUGGAGUCACGGGGCAGGACAGGCACAGCGGAACUCUGGAGAUCAGAGCUACUGGCCUCUUCCGUUGAAGCUGUCAAGUGAAGAGGACCCACGAUUCCAGUUGCCCAGUGAAAUCACAACCCCUGGCGAGGUCAUAGGCAAGUGCACAACACUCAAACGUGUGUAAAUCCAAGCUGGCACCUCCACCCUUCUCCUAUAUUCCACUUUCGUUGAGGGGGCUGCAGGCCACUCAAGGCAGACACUUGUUUUCUUUGUUGACCACCUUUCUCUCGCUUCUCACAUCCAUCAGUUACAGGGUCCUGUCAAUUGUGCCUCCUACACUAAUUCUAAACCCUUCUCCAUUGCCUACAUCACCUCUAAACAUGGACUGCUGCAAAAAGCUCCCUGACUAGCUUUCUCUUCAAUCCAACCACUGUGGCCCAAGAAUGAUUUUCUUAGGAAGUAAAGUCGAUCAGACUGACUACCCUACUACCCUAUACUCUCAAGUUCAAAACCUUCAACAGCUCUCCAUGGCCCAUAAGCUAAAAUCCACGUGCAUGGCUCACAAAGACCUGAUGCCAGGCUCAGCCUACCUUUCAUGCCUAUGCUCCUCCAGCCUCUCUAAGCUAAUUGCAGCCCCUGAACCCCACAAGCCCUCUGAUCGUCCAUGCCUGGACAUGUGCCCUUCCCUGCCUUGUGUCUGAUGAUCACUACUCAGUCUACAUUUGCCCAGAAUUCUCAUCUUCCCUCUGAAGUCUUCUCCCUGGGCCCUAAUUGCUCCUACAUUGGCCCUUGCCACACUGUCCUGGAAUCACACACACAUGAUGUGCCUCUCCUUCCACACAGAGGUCAAGGGAAAGGACUACAUCAUACCAUCUUUGUGCACU